GGGACCCGCGGAGGCCGCCGGGCUCGGGCUCGGGCUCGGGUCUCGGGGGGUCGGGGCCCGGGGGGCCCGGGGCUGGGGGCGCCGAGCAGGUGAGGACCAGGGGGCUUGAACCUGGGUCCUUGUGCAUGGUAACAUGUGUGCUCAAUUGGAUGUGCCACCACCUGACCUCCAUGGCAGGCUGGACCAGAGCCAAAAUGAGCGUCACCUCCUGGUUCUUGGUGAGCAGCGGUGGCACCCGGCACCGGCUCCCACGGGAGCUCAUCUUCGUGGGGCGAGACGAGUGUGAGCUGAUGCUGCAGUCCCGCAGUGUGGACAAGCAACACGCCGUCAUCAACUAUGACCAUGGCAGGGACGAGCACUGGCUCAAGGACCUGGGCAGUCUCAAUGGGACCUUUGUGAACGACACCCGCAUCCCGGACCAGAAGUAUGUGACCCUGAAGCUCAAUGAUGUCAUCCGCUUUGGCUAUGAUCCCAACAUGUAUGUGCUGGAGCGUGUGGAGCACCGGGUCCCUGAGGAAGCACUGAGGCACGAGAAAUACAGCAGCCAGCUGCAGGGGAGCCUCCGGGGUCCUGUGCCCAAGCAGGGGGAGACCCUGUCUGAGCACACGCCUUACUGUGAGUCCUCAAACCCCAGGCCAGAGAGAGGGGACCGGAAGCCUGGAGCAGACCCCAUGGCCUUCCGCACGCCCCUGUAUGGGCAACCGUCCUGGUGGGGCGAAGACGACAGUGGCCUCCCACCUGAGGACCGGCGCCCCGAGGAGCCCUUCCCAGAGCGCCCCCGGGAGCCAGGUCAGCAGGAACGGGGCCCCUCUGGCCCCCCAACCACCGCGGAGCCUCAAGGCUGCGCCUUCCGCCGGGAGCCCAGCUACUUCGAGAUCCCCACCAAGGAGGUGCCUGCAGCUGCACCCCCAGCACCGUUGGGGACACCCCCUGGGGACGGGGCGCCUGUGGUGCAGAGCCACGCCUCCUUUACCAUUGAGUUCGAUGCGGGCAGCCCCGGCCAGGUGAAGAUCAAGGACCACGUCACCAAGUUCUCUCUGCGUCGGCCGCCGGGCAGGGAGACUGCGCCCGUGGAGGCCGUGUCGGCCGAGACCAAAGUGGCCGACUGGCUGGUGCAGAAUGUGCCAGGGCUGCUGCGGCGACCCGGGCCAGGGGAUGACCUGGUUAGCACCAAGAGCGACCUGCCCACCCAGGCCCGCACACUGCGGGGCCACCAGCACCAAGAUGGCACGCAGAGCGACUCAGAGGGCCCGGCAGCUGCAGGGGUGACGCCCACUGUGUCCACGGCGGGGGAGGCCAUUGGGGAGCAGGCACGGCUGCAGCGGCAGAUCCGACGGGACCCCCAGGAGCUGCUGCACAACCAGCAAGCCUUCGUCAUUGAGUUCUUCGAGGACACACCACGCAAGAAGCGCUCACAGUCCUUCACGCACAUGCCCGCUGGGGACCCCAAGGCUGAGCGGCGCCGUGGGCCAGGGCCAGGUCCCCCGACUCCAUCUCGGGGUGCUGGUGGCCCUGGGCCACAGCGGGCCAGCUCCCUGAAGCGGGAGAAACCUGAGGAGCGUGGGGGGGGCCCCACCCCGGCUCCCCGAGCUACCACCCGCCCCUUUGGCAGUGUGGGGCGCCGCUCCCGUCUGACACAGGACUUUGUGGCCCAGGCCCCACGGGAGAACUCCCCUGCUGCACGCACUGGACCCGAGAGGGGCCCCCCCGUGCCACCUGACCCCCCACCGCCCCGCGGGGUUAGCCCUGAGGACCCCCCGGCCCCACCACCACCUGCUGCCCCUCAGCUGGCCAAGGCACGUGGUCAGGAUGAGGAGGAUAGCCUGAGUGACGCGGGCACCUACACCAUUGAGACGGAUGCCCAGGACGCGGAGGUGGACGAGGCCCGCAGGAUGAUUGACCAGGUCUUUGGAGUGCUCGAGUCCCCGGAGCUCUCCAGGGUGUCUGCAGCCACCUUCCGCCCAGUCAUCAGAGGGGACAGAGAAGAGGCCGGAGCUGGAGCUGUGGCCCAGCGCCUGGCCCUGCUGCAGGAGUUUGCUGCCCGGCCGGUGGGUGGCGCCCUCCAGGGGUCACUGCAGAACCUCCCAGUGCCUGGCUCCCCUGCAGCUCAGAAGUGGGUGUCCCGCUGGGCCAGCCUGGCUGACAGCUACUCAGACCCAGACCCGGCAGAGGAUGGCACAGGGCAGCGGGCGGCCGAGCUAGACGGGGCCCCGCCUGCACGCCAGCGCCGCCUGCUCCCCCAGCUGCCAGGUGACCGAGCAGCCAGCCCCUCCAGCCCUGAGGCCACAGGGAGGAGUGGGCCUGGCCCACCAGUGCCCAGUGGGGAACUGGCCAGCAGUCCAGCAGGUCAGGAGGACCUGGAGCCAGACAGCCUCAGUGACGCCAGUGGGUCGGACGGCGGGCGCCAGGAUGACUCUGGGAAGAGUCCCCGGGAGGGACCUGCAUGGACGCGGCCCCAGCACCCUCCCCGUUCCCUCUGCCCUGGAGACCAGAAUGGGCCAGCCGCCGGCCACCAGCAACCUGGGAUGGCCGCUGUGGGGGAUGCCACCCAGCCCAGUCCUUCGACCAGGGAUGGCCUGUAUGUGAGCUCCAACGGCAGGAUGGUCAUUCAGCUGCGGGCGGCGCGCUCCCCUGAGGCCCCAGCCUGUGCCCCCCAACUGCCUAUCCCCAGCCACCCGCUGCUGCAGGACCUGGCCGCGGCCCGAGCCUCCCGCAUGGAGCCACACACGCAAGACACACACUUGAUCCUGAAGGACACUGAGAUUGCGCUGGCUGCCCUGGAGGCACGGCUGCGUGGCCGAGCAGCGGAGGACCCUGAGCCUGUGGGGGCCAUCCCACCCCGGCGGCCUGAGGACUCCCUGUCUGGGGACUCAGAUGUAGACACGGCCAGCACGGUCAGCCUGCUCAGUGGUCAGAAUGGGCCCACCCCCCCCACACCUGGGGACCCUGGUGGUGCCCGGCUCCCUGAGAAGCAGCUGCGCCCACUUGGCACCCCAGACCUCGGUAGACGUGCUGGUGAGCACCACAGCCACGUGUCCCGGGGGUCCUCAGACUGCCCGGAGGAGGAGCAGGGCCCUGGCACUGCCCGCCUGCCCAGCUCAGAUGCUGCAGCUUCUGACCUGGAGGCCCCCGUGGGGCGGCCAGGCUCCCGGCGCAAGCCCUCAGCCCUGUUGCCAGCUGGCAGGGAGGAGCAGGGCCGCGGUGUCCAGAGGGUACAGCAGGCCCUUACCCGCUCCAAUAGCCUCUCCACCCCAAGGCCUACCAGGGCAUCCCGGCUGCGCCGUGCCCGGCUAGGUGAUUCCUCUGACCCUGAGGCCCUGGAUGGCGAGCGGCCACCUCCUGCCCAGCCCGAGCCAGGGCGGCCGGGUGUGGAUCAGGGCCGCAGGCUGACUCGUCUGGACAUCCUGGCCAUGCCCCGCCGGCGGGCCGGCUCAUUCACGGGGGCCAGUGACUCGGAGCCCACCACCCGUUCCGGCUUCUCAGGCCGCAGCAUGGAGUCCUUCUGCACCAACCGCAAGCCCACCAUGGCUGAGGCACGGGCGGCUGCUAGGAAGACUGCCAGCUCCUCCAGUCCCCGCCAGCCCUUCAGCCGGGCUCGGCCGGGGAGUGCACGGUACUCCUCAUCCACUGCCCGGCGCCGCCAGCACGGCUCAGAUUGCACGUCCACGUCUGAGGAGGAGUACGGCUCCCACCACGACUCCCCCAAACACACCCGCUCCCACGCCUCCACAGCCACGCAGACCCCCCGACCCCGGGCUCCUGGCCCCCAGGACUCGGAUGGCGAGGAGCAGCCGAACCCCUAUGGCUUCAUCGUGCAGACAGCUGAGAUCGCUGAGAUUACCAGGCUGAGCCAGACACUGGUGAAGGACGUGGCUAUCCUCGCCCAGGAAAUCCAUGAUGUGGCCGGAGACAGUGAUUCCCUGGGCACCCUGGGGCCCGGCCGCAGCCCCUCCCUCAAUCAUGUGCCCAGUUCCCCGGCCUCCACCAUCUCCGCCCAUGAGGAGCUGGUACAGCGCAUCCCCGAGGCCAGCCUCAACUUCCAGAAGGUUCCUCCGGGCUCACGGCAGGCUCGGGACCUGGACCAGAACAUGAACAGCCGCCGUGAAGAUGCCCCAACCAACAAGGCCCGGCCCCGGAACCGUGAGGAGGUGAUCUUUGACAACCUGAUGCUGAACCCUGUGUCCCAACUGUCCCAGGCCAUUCGCGAGGACACAGAGCAGCUGGCUCAGAAGAUGAAAAUCCUCUUCCAGAACACAGGGCGGACUUGGGAGGACCUGGAGGCCAGGAUCAAUGCUGAGAACGAGGUGCCCAUCCUGAAGACCUCCAACAAGGAGAUCAGCUCCAUCCUGAAAGAGCUCCGGCGUGUGCAGAAGCAACUGGAAGUCAUCAAUGCCAUCGUGGACCCCAGUGUGAACCUGGACCUGCUUACUGGGAACCGGGGCUCCGUGGGCACCACCCUGGGGAAGAGCCGGCCUGUCCAGAGCCCGUCCUCACCCCCCACAGGGAGACUGCUGCCCCUGAACAGCUUCUCGAACACCCAUUGUGGCUCCCCCGGGCUCCCCGACCCAGCUUUCCUCCCUGAGGCCGAGAGGUUCCUGAUAUAGGGGCACCCCCUGCAGGCACCCCAAAACCCCCAUGUGCCAUACACCUGGGCACUCUGCCCUUCCCAGACACUGCCCCCCCCACUCCGCUCCACCAUCUAUCAGCCUCGACUAGGGUGCUGAGUGUCCACCCUCCUCGCUGUCCCUUCUGUCUUCAGUUUACAGAGUGCCCCUGUGCCAUGUGUCCCCAUGCCAUGUGUCCCUGUGCCCCCAGGGGACCCUCCCUGGCUCCUGGCCCACCCAUCACUGCCCUGCCCAUGUCCCUGGGCAUGGGGUCCUUAGUGCCAAACUUGGAGCUGGGCUGGAGGGCAAGGCAUGACCAGGUUCCCGGGGCCCUAGCUGUCGCUGCCUGUGGAGAGGGGGUAUGUGGCGCUCAUGGGGGUGUUGGGGCAGGACCCCUAUGGCCUGAGCCCCCUCUCCAGGCUGUGGGCCAGGCCAUGCUGCCUGAGGCAGCUGACACUGGACACUGCUGCUCCCUGCCAGAAGGGCUCCCCUGGAGUGACCAAGCCCUAGCUUCCAGAAGCCCUGCCUCCUCCCCCAGGCCUGGCUGUGGGCAUUCUCUGGUGCCCAGCCUGGGUGCAGGGCAGCUGGAUUCUCAGGGGUCCCUUGGCUGGAGCCCCCUGAAAGGCCACUGGACAUGGAGACAAAGAGCUGCAGAAUGUGGGGGUACAGGGUGUCCUGCCAGGGUCCUGGGGCAGCAGAGCUGACAGUGGGCAGGGCAGUGGGCCCUGCCCCCACCCCAUGAUGGAUAGAGAGGUGCUAGCCACCCCCCUGCCUGUCUGAGAGGCCUGCCCCUGCAGCAGCCACUGCCCUGCCCGCCGUGGUGACCCCCUAAGUAUCCUACCCCCCACCUAUAACUUUCUUUCAGCACCCCCACCCCCCAGCCUUGGUGGUUUGUUGUGUCUUUAAGAAAAUGGUUAUUUUAUAUGAUUUAUCAUAGAUUUGUUCUAUUAAAUCAUUCUAUCAUGUCACAA